CAAGUGCGGCGCGGGCGCGGGCCGGCGGCAGGUGCGCGGCGGGACUACAAGUCCCAGCAUGCCCGGCGGCCCUGACCCGGCCCCCGCCGCCGCUUAAAGACUCCGGCAGCCGCAGCCGUCGGGUCGCCGCGGCUUUCGCUUUGCCGCCGAGGCUGGGCUGCGGGAGGAGCGGGCUCGGCUGCCGGCUCUGUGGCGUCUUGCUAGGGCAGCGCGGAGGCGCGCUCUGCGGGUACCCUUCCCGGUCCAGAGGUCCCUUGCCGACGCGCCCGUGCCCCCGGGCUCCCCGCCUCGGGCCCCCACGGCCCCGAUGCCGAGGCAUGGAUAGAGCGGUGCUGCGCGCUGCGGCGAUGGGGGAGAAGAAGGAGGGCGGCGGCGGGGGCGCCGCUGCGGCCGCGGACGGGGGCUCCGGGGCGGCGGCCAGCCGGGCGCUGCAACAGUGCGGGCAGCUUCAGAAGCUCAUCGACAUCUCCAUCGGCAGCCUGCGCGGGCUGCGCACCAAGUGCGCGGUGUCCAACGACCUCACCCAGCAGGAGAUCCGGACCCUGGAGGCGAGGCUGGUGCGGUAUAUCUGUAAGCAGCGGCAGUGCAAGCUUAGCGUGGCCCCUGGCGACAGGACCCCAGAGCUCAACAGCUACCCACGCUUCCGCGACUGGCUGGACACCUUCAACGUCAGGCCGGAGGUGGCACAGGAGAUCCUCCGAGAGCUCACAGGGGAUCAGCUGGAUGCCCUGCUGGAGAUGGACGAGGCCAAGGUGAAGGAGACGCUGCAGCGCUGUGGGGCCAGUGCCGAGGAGUGUGGCCGUCUCCAGCAAGCCCUUACCUGCCUGCGGAAGGUGACAGGCCUGGGAGGGGAACACAGAGAGGACUCUGGCUGGAGCUCUUCCGAGGCGCGUCGGGAAAGCGGCUCAGGGCCGUCCGUGGACACUCUGUCACCAGCCACCCUGCCCUGGCCCCCAGGGAGCUCCUUGCUGGGCAGAGUGGGCAGCAGUGCCCAGGGCCCCCGCUCCGUCUCCGUGUCAGCUCUGCCCGCCUCCGACUCCCCGGCUCCCGGCCUCAGUGAGGGCCUCUCGGACACCUGUAUCCCGCUGCACGCCAGUGGCCGGCUGACCCCCCGCGCCCUGCACAGUUUCAUCACCCCUCCCGCCACGCCCCAGCUGCGCCGCCACGCCAAGCUGAAGCCGCCCCGGACGCCCCCGCCGCCCAGCCGCAAGGUCUUCCAGCUGCUGCCCAGCUUCCCCACGCUCACCCGGAGCAAGUCGCACGAGUCGCAGCUGGGGAACCGCAUUGACGAGGUCUCCUCGAUGAGGUUUGAUCUCUCCCAUGGAUCCCCACAGAUGGUACGAAGGGACAUCGGGCUCUCAGUGACACACAGGUUCUCCACCAAGUCCUGGCUGUCGCAGGUCUGCCACGUGUGCCAGAAGAGCAUGAUGUUCGGAGUGAAGUGCAAGCACUGCAGGCUGAAGUGUCACAACAAGUGUACAAAGGAAGCCCCUGCCUGUAGGAUCUCCUUCCUCCCACUAACCAGGCUGCGGAGGACGGAAUCUGUCCCCUCGGACAUCAACAACCCCGUGGACAGAGCCGCCGAGCCUCAUUUUGGAACCCUCCCCAAGGCCCUGACAAAGAAGGAGCAUCCUCCGGCCAUGAACCACCUGGACUCCAGCAGCAACCCAUCCUCCACCACGUCCUCCACGCCCUCUUCGCCAGCGCCCUUCCCAACAUCGUCCAACCCAUCCAGUGCCACCACACCCCCCAACCCCUCACCUGGCCAGCGGGACAGCAGGUUCAACUUCCCAGCUGCCUACUUCAUUCAUCAUAGACAGCAGUUUAUCUUCCCAGAUAUUUCGGCCUUUCCUCAGGCAGCACCGCCCCCUGAUGCCACCGACAGUACCCGGCCUGAUGACCAGCCAAAAGCCGAGGUGGUGGAGGCUCACGAGGCGGAGGCCGAGGAGCCGGAGGCUGGCAAGUCAGAGGCAGAAGAUGACGAGGACGAGGUGGACGACCUGCCGAGCUCCCGCCGGCCCUGGCGGGGCCCCAUCUCCCGCAAGGCCAGCCAGACCAGCGUGUACCUGCAGGAGUGGGACAUCCCCUUCGAGCAGGUGGAGCUGGGCGAGCUCAUCGGGCAGGGCCGCUGGGGCCGAGUGCACCGUGGCCGCUGGCACGGCGAGGUGGCCAUUCGCCUGCUGGAGAUGGACGGCCACAACCAGGACCACCUGAAGCUGUUCAAGAAGGAGGUGAUGAACUACCGGCAGACGCGGCACGAGAACGUGGUGCUCUUCAUGGGCGCCUGCAUGAACCCUCCCCACCUGGCCAUCAUCACUAGCUUCUGCAAGGGGCGGACGUUGCACUCGUUUGUGAGGGACCCCAAGACAUCGCUGGACAUCAACAAGACGAGGCAGAUCGCUCAGGAGAUCAUCAAGGGCAUGGGCUACCUGCAUGCCAAGGGCAUCGUGCACAAAGAUCUCAAAUCCAAGAAUGUCUUUUAUGACAAUGGCAAAGUGGUCAUCACAGACUUCGGGCUGUUUGGGAUCUCGGGUGUGGUCCGAGAGGAACGGCGUGAGAACCAGCUGAAGCUGUCACAUGACUGGCUGUGCUACCUGGCCCCUGAGAUUGUGCGAGAGAUGACCCCUGGGAAGGACGAGGACCAGCUGCCCUUCUCCAAAGCUGCGGAUGUCUAUGCAUUUGGGACUGUGUGGUAUGAGCUACAAGCAAGAGACUGGCCCUUUAAGCACCAGCCUGCAGAGGCCUUGAUCUGGCAGGUCGGCAGUGGGGAAGGAAUGAAGCGGGUCCUGGCCUCCGUCAGCCUGGGGAAGGAAGUCAGCGAGAUCCUGUCUGCCUGCUGGGCUUUCGACCUGCAGGAGAGACCCAGCUUCAGCCUGCUAAUGGACAUGCUGGAGAAGCUACCCAAGCUGAACCGGCGGCUCUCCCACCCCGGGCACUUCUGGAAGUCAGCUGAUCGCUGGCGGAGCCGCUACUACGGGAAAGGACGUUACGGUCACCCUGACUUUAAGAACUCCUGUCCGGUUCUGGAGGAAUACAUUAACAGCAGCAAAGUUGUACCCCGCUUUGAGAGGUUCGGCCUCGGUGCCCUGGAGUCCGGUAACCCAAAGAUGUAGCCAGCUGUGCAAUUGUUCUGCUGCCCAUUUCUUUUUUAAGUGUGUUUGUAAAACACACACACCACCGUCACAACAACAGCAAAAGGAGAAACCACUCCAUCUGUCCAACGCUGCAAACCAGGAGGGCGAGUCCCCCAUUCCGACUGUCCGUCACGAAGACACAAGGGUCCCUGGAGAUGGAACUGCUCCUGCUGUCUUAGUAAGAGCCCAGCAACAACCAGGCUGGUCCCAACUGACAGCAAAUGUUUACACGUGUGUUUCUGCCAAGCGAACUCGAUGUUUUACAAUAGGUAAUAAUGUAGUCCGUGUAUGAAGGCGCUGGCACCUGGAUGGCAGAAGUGGCUGUCCCCUCUGGAGGAUUUGGUAGCACUGGGGAGCUCAGUGCCAGUGGCCAAAGGAAGGAAGACAUUGUGGUUAUGGCUGGGUUACAAGUAGGGUGGAAAGAGGUGGGGGUACAAGGUUUGACCCGGCUCCUUCUUUGGCCCUAACCCCCAGGGGUGGUACACUGUCCCUUCCCCGUCUAGCAGAGAAAACCCUGGCUAGGAAUUGAGGCAGGUUACAAGGGACAAGAGCUUCCUGGAGAGCUUGGCUUCACCUUCCAGCCCCUUUAGUCCAGACUGUGCCCACUGGGAAAGUAGAGACAGAAUCCAGUUAAUACCUGGACAGAUCUAGUGGUCCUAGGCAUGGUUUCUGUUGCCAGGUGAGGCGAUACCCUUGAGCUAGUGCUUCUUGUGUGAAGCCCUGGGCAGAUCCUGGCAGCCAGGGCCUUUGUUUUGAGGCACAUCCCAGUGCCCAUCGUCUGAGCCCUAGCUGAGGGCACCUUAGGGCUUAAUAAGGGAAAACAGGGAAGAUGGUGGAGGGAGAGACGGAAGGAGAAGUGGACAGCAAGUCCCCGAGCCCCUGUCCUGGCACUUUAGAAACCCAUUGUCCGUCAUGGUAGAGAGUUCUAGAAUUGCCCACCCCCCCAGCCCUAGUGAAACCUUUUGCCCCUUCCCGAUUCCUCAGUCCGGGUUCUAAGCUCAGCUGGGGGCAUGGGACUGCCUCACCUUGUCACUCCCACCCCCAAACCCUUGUCUGCAGAGCCCUUCCCAGCAGCGCCAGGCCUUCUGCUUGUGUCAGACCAGUGGGAAGGGCUGGCUCCAGAGAGUCUUUGACGUGAGAGCGUCCUACCCAUCCUCCCCGAAGCCCGCUGGUGGAGGUGAGGCCACAGGAGUCCCCACAACCAGCAAGGAAAGAGCGAUGGGAGAGGACGUGUUACUGGAUCCCGGCCCUGUGCUCCGAGCUGAGAUGGGGGUGGCCGUGUGGCUGGCACCCCUUACAGUUAGAGCCACCUGGCAAAUCCCGCACCUCCAGAGCCUCUCCUAGCACCAGAGUCACAGAAAGUGAGCCACUCCGACGAGAAGCUGCGGACCUGCCUCUCUGCUCUCCACGCCCAGCACAGCCUCACUCCCUGCCGGCCCUGCGUGAGCACAGCCAGCCCGCGGGUCAGGAGCUUCACAGCCUUUCCAGUCCCUGUGGGGAGAAGAAAGGAGAGCUGUGAACCCUUUGGGGGCAGCUCUGUGUGGGGGACUUCUGUGGGAGGACGGUCGUUCAACCCCGUGAUCCCUUCGGUCUCCCACAUGACCUCCCCAGAGUGACCCCCCCCCCCCCAGAGCCCUGUGGGAUGUGACCAUUUCCUCUGUAGCUGUGUCUCAUCCCUGUCCCUUUGCGGAGGUGGCCGUGCAUGUGACUCCAGCCUUUCACCUCCCUGUUGUGACACUGGCCUUCCCUGCCAGAUGGUUGCAGCUGAGCAAAUCAGGCUCACCUCCCCAUCCUCUGACCCCAGGCCGCAGGAGGUCACUCUGGGUCUCGACGUCCCCACUGAUCGCCUGCUGUGUCCAUGGCCCUGCGCAAGUGCUGGGGCCCCAGAUACAGGACCAGCGAAGUCCCUGCCUUAGGAAGUGAUCAUUUGCCCAGGGCUGAAUCCGGCCGGGAACCGGUGGGCUCCAGGAGGGGCCAGGGUCCUGGGUCCCUUCCCCUGCCCUCUCCAAGGCCUGUUCCCAGCUGGCCACUUCUGCAUUGCCUGUCGUUUAAGAAGGUCCCAUGGUAGUUCCCCGCCCCCGUCUUUGCUUAAGUGACUGUGAAUUGAGGUUAGGAGGAUGUGCUUGCCCUUCUCUGUGCUCUGUCUGUCCACCUUGGAACACAUGAAGGACAGAUACUGUGAAUUCAGCCCUCACGACGCACUGUGAAGGGGAGGGAGGAGACGGGGGCUGCAGACGUCCCGCCUGGGCUCUCAGGGUGUAGUCUGCGGUUUAGCCCUUGCAGGCACCCCCAGUUCUCAACCUCACCCCAAGGCCUUUAACCACCAGGGCUGCAGUCCCGGGCUUCUGUGUGACUUGAAGGCUUGAAUCCUAGCUCGUCCUGGGUUCAUUAUGAGCAGUGUAUUAGCAAUUUGACCUCUCCAUGCCACCAAAUCAGAACACUUUGUUCCCGUGCCCUCAGCAGGGUGUGGCGGGUCCUGUGAGCCUGUGUCCUGCUGCAGCGACUUAGGGGUGACAGCGAGGGAGGCCCCUGCCACACUGCAGCACUGGCUGGGACGUCACCUGUGUGUGCACACCGAGCGUCUUCUGUGGCCACGAGGCACACAUUUUGCUUUUUUGAAUGUGAUGUAAAAUUUGUACAGUAAAAGUUUUUAUAUUUUCUAUCAAUUGCGUUUGUCUUCCUGAGAUGGUAUUAAUUUAAAUUAAAACGGUUAGUAUUAACGAA